AUGCCGGCCGAGAGGAGGAACUCCCGGUCUAUGAUCGACAUCGAUUUCACGCUGAAGAGAAUCUUCGGUAAGAAAACCUUCAGACCCUUGCAGCGGGAAAUAAUCAACACUGCUCUGGACGGACAUGAUGUUUUCGUGCAAGCGGCAACGUCAUUCGGAAAAAGCCUUUGCUACCAGCUGCCUGCGGUGAUAGACCACGGUCUCACAAUUGUCGUUUCUCCUCUUCUGGCACUGAUGAACAACCAAGUGGCGGCGCUCAGGGCUGCUGAUAUCCGGGUCGCAACCAUCAACAGCACAAUUCCGUAUUCGCAAAAGACCGUCAUUAUGGAAGACCUACAGUGUGGCCACCCCCGUACCCGUCUUCUGUACAUCACUCCCGAGUACUGUCAACUGGACUCCUUUCGCCGCAUUCUCCGCAUCAUCCACUCCCACCGCGAGCUCGCCCGCAUCGCUGUAGACGAGGCUCACUGCAUCAGCGAGUGGGGUCACGACUUCCGACCCUCGUUCAAGAACUUGUCCUUUUUCAAAAACGAGUUCCCAGAUGUCCCGAUCAUCUGUCUGACCGCUACGGCCACCGCUCGAGUCCGAAAUGACAUCAUCAAAAUCCUGGAGUUGGAUCCCGAGAAGCUCAAGCUCUUCACCAUGACUACGAACAGGCGCAACCUCCACUACGAGGUAAGAUUCAAGAGCGACGAGGAAGACCACUACGACAACUUCGUCGCCUGGCUCCGCGCCGUCCAGGCCCGCCGAAGCGCCGACCCAGCCCGCGUCGCCGCCCUCAAAGCCGCAGGGAAACGCCCCGAGGCCAUUUCCGGCAUCAUCUACACGCUGUUCCGCCGGGACUGCGAGUCGUUGGCACAGCGACUGCGCGAGAGCGGCAUCGGCGCGCGGCCUUACCACGCCGGCUUGUCGAACGCGGAGCGGGACAGGGCGCUGGCGGGAUGGGUCGCCAACGCGCCGGGCUUCGAAGUCGUGGUGGCGACGACGGCGUUUGGCAUGGGCAUCGACAAGGAAGACGUGCGCUUCGUGGUGCACUGGCAGCUGCCCAAGAGCUUCGAGGGAUACUACCAGGAGGCGGGGCGCGCGGGCCGCGACGGCAAGGCUGCGGCAUGCAUCCUGUACUAUGCGCGCGAGGACCGCGAUCGCGCGGUCGUGAUGAUGGCGAGGGAUAUGCCGAAGGAUGCCGGGCACAACAGAGCGGCGUUGGAGAAGCACAGGAGCAGGGCGGAGAGUCUGAAGAAGCUCGUCGAUUAUUGCGAGGAGACGAAGAGGUGCAGACACAGGUUGAUCGCCGCAUACUUUGGAGAGGGCGAGGAGGCGGUCUCGUGCGAAUGGGCGUGCGAUUGGUGCAAGGACCCGAUAGCGCUGUUGAAGAGGAAGGACGGGGGCUUGGCGAGCGAGGAAUGGUGCUCGACGCAAAUGGAAAGCGGGGCGUAUGGCGGUGAUGCAUAUGAUUAG